UUUUUUUUUUAAAAUAUACGUCAAACAUUCACUUUCUUGCAAUUGAAUGACCUGCCAGGAGGUGUGUAAUUUGUUUAGCACAUGACUCCAGUGCCACCUACUGUCUUGCUGAAUUACGGUGAAAUGUAUACUUCAGCGGGUCUUUUCAGAGCACAAACUUGUGUUUAUUUUAUAAAAAAAAAUUCUCGAACAUUUCAAUUAUAACCAGCAUGACGUAGCCUAAAACAGGCUAUAUUUUGUGGUUGAACCAGAAGUCUUUUCCGUCGGCCUCAAAUUCCCGACGGAAAAGCAGUUGUCUGACGUAAUCAUUGUUUUGUGCAACUGUGCAAGGUAAAACAAGGUUUACCUGUUGCCGCAGGUACUCUUAAAAAAGGAAGCCUUUCUAAGCUCUUUUUUUCCAACUUCAAUAAUUGCUUCUACGUAUUGGUGUAAGAGGAGCGUGUGCUCUCUACAACUAUCAAAUGGCUCUCGAUGAAGACUUUAAUUCCUUGUAAAACAACUACCGGGAAAGAAUAGCUUGCUUUUUGACUUCCGGAAAAAUUCUGCUGUAGCCAGUGGACUACCUUUAUGCCAUAUGCCGCCCUGGACCUCAUGAACCAUGUCUGGUCACCACACUGGAGGUCCUAACCCCGAGAAAUGGAGCUUGACUGGGUCAGGAGGAAACAGCCUCGAACCCACCCACUCCCAGGGCGACAGUGGCAGCCUGGGCAGGCCCUAUCAGGAGCGCUGCGUUGACCCCAUUGAGCCUCCGUCGGUGCCCAUGGGCACUGCCCACAAAGCUGACCCAAGAUAUGCUAACGGCAAGGAGGCAGAGAUCCAGGACUUCCUGCCUGUGCCCGAGCCAUCUUCGGGGACGUACAUGUGCACCCCCUGCGUUUCUGUGGCGUCGUGUCGGACAUUCGUGUGCAGCGUGGUGACGUGUGGUCUGUACCGGUUGUGCAGACGUAUCCCAUGCCUGGCACCCGAGGAGAGCCAAUCACAGGAGGCCAAAGUGCCGUCCAGUUCCGCCCCCAGCUCCCCGGAGAAGGACGAAUCAGAGUCCGGCUACACGGACAUCUAUUUCCGUGGCAUGAAAGUGGACCCCAUUGUGCUGGACGACGAGCCGGUUUUCUACAGACCCCCUCAACAGGACCUCCACAAGAGCGGGAGCGUAUACCUGGAUGGGUUCGAAGCGGUGGACGAAUGGAGCGACGGUGGCGGCGAUGUGGACUCGCUCAUCUCGCGCAAGCUGCUGGAGCUCUACACACAGUUCCAGAUCGACGAGCUGGCCAACUGCACGUCCGACUCUGUGUUCCUGAAGCGCACCAGCGACAUCAGCCGCCUCAUAUCCGACAUCGUGGCGGAGCACAAGCUGGAGGAGCAGGACGCCGAGUGCCGGCUGGUCCACGGCAUCAUCCGCCUGAGCACACGCAAGAGCAAGAAGAGGCCCCCGGUGCGCCGUGCGGUGACUCCCGCUGACAGCGGCACGGAAACGAUGAAAGGAAGCUUCUCCCUCACAGACAGCAACUCCAAUGACCUUGAUGUCCAGAUAUCCAAGGAGACAGCCUCAGAUGUCAAAGCCAGACAAAUGCGCCAUAACAGCGAUCGAGCUAACUCGUCUAGCUCGCCGACCACUUUCUCGCCAGCCUACCGCGAGACAGACACGGAAUCUUCCGGCCUCCCGCUUCUCCCGCUUGAUAGGUAUCCUCGCACAUGAACCCUGGGAAAACCCCGGAUUGUUUUCCCUUUUUGGAAAACUAGGAAAACUGUGGAAUAGUGCCUCCUCCAAAGGGAAUAAGGUGAAGGAAAACUUAAGGUCAGUUAUAAUUUGAGCCAUAGACAAUUAGGGGAAGAAAUCAUUUUAUGCGCUUUGAUGAGCUGUACGCUUUGUCUUUUAUUUUACGAAUUAAGGUAAUUUAUAUUGGUGCAAGUACUUUGUUGUUGUUUUUUGUUGUUGUUGUUAUUGUUGUUGUUGACUUUCUUUUUUCUGAGAUGAAUGUGGUUCAUUGUGCCAUCCACUGUGUAGAUAGAAGACAAAACAAAUUUCUGUGUACGAGCAGGAGGAAUGUAGACUGAGAUAGAGAAUAAGAGAGAGAGGGAGAGAGAAGAAAAAAAAGGGAAGUGAGAGAGAAGAAACCUGAAACCCUCCAUACCUGUCAUGCUUUUGCCCCAGUUGAUCUGUAUUGUGCAUCAUCAUGUCAUUACUGUUGAGAUACUUAGAGUGUGCAGGCUCACCCUCGUCAGAUCAAAAUAAAUAUUCAGUCAUUUAAUAGAUAUUAUGAUCCUAACAGCUUACUGUAUAGGGAAGGAACAUGUGUUGGCAUUAUCUGUUCGACUGUGACUGUAUCUCCGUCUAUGUAAAGUCUUUUAGUGCUGUAUCCUGUGUAGGUGUAUAACAUUCAGGGAAUUGUUAGUGUAAAUAUACUGUGAAUCUGAGGAGCUGUCCUAAUAUCCGCCGAUGACGGCGACUAACAAAGUGUUUGUCCACGUGACAAAAAGUCAAAUGGAGGGUUGAAGGACAUCGUUUUAUUAUUUAGUAGAAGGAUACGUUUUGAAAAAUAUUUUUUUGUAUUGGUAAAAAGGAGUUCAAAUGAUUUUACCAAGCUUAACCUUGCUGUUUGUGGAAAGGAUUCCAUGUAGCAUGUGUAAUGUUCUGUCUGUGAUGUUAUUUUCUGUCUGCUAGAGAAGAAAAGUAGAGACAGUCCUUUGUCAAUAUCUGUCUUUGGGGUUUUAUCCUGAAAAUAAAUAGUGAAGGAGAA